GGCAAUGAAAAAUUAAAUCAACCGAAACGGGCUUUUAUGUGAAAGAUUUUUUUUUUCGCAAAACCAAUUAAUGCGACGAUUGUGAAAGCUCUGCGUCAAAGCAGCAUAUAAAAGGGGAAAUUCAAAGAAGCGAUGAAAGUAAAUGCAAUUGCAGUAUAACUGUAAGUGCGGACGUGAAAGAGGAAAAGCCAAUAAAACGCCAAAGAUUUCAAAACAGAAAAAAAAGUGCAAAGAGAAAAACACCAACAAGCGCAAUUUCAAGUGAGCUGCAGUGAAAAAGUAAUUAAAAAAGAACUUUAACCCAAAUAGUGCAGUGAAGCAGCGACGCGACAGAGAAGGUGGGCGCCCACACGACCUACACACAUGGCACAUAUGCACGCUGAAGGAGGAAUGGACGAGUACAUAUAUGUAUGUAUGUACAGUUAAGCGCAACAAACUUAAAUACAAUUUAGGAAGAAGCAAACAUUUGAAAAUCAUUGAAGUUAGCGUUGAGAAAAACAAAAACAGCACGAAGUGUGCUGAAAAAAAAGUUGUAACCAAAAGAAAAAAAGACCGAGAGAACAAGUAAAGUGCUUAAAUAAAUUCUUUGUAGGUGUAUGUGUAUGGAAAUUCUAGCGCCAGAGCGUAUGUGUAGUAGUGUAGUCGAAGUAGCAGCAAAGAGGCGUAAGCGGCGGCCAGGCGGCAUAAUAAACACGGAGCGAGAACAAAAACAAAAACUGGAUUACUAUAAAAAGCAAGUGCAACAGCAAAAGCAAAUAACAGCAACAAGAUGCAGAAGGAAAAUAAUUCGACAGCGGAAAAUUGCCAAUUUGUGGGGCCAUACCGUCUGGAGAAGACGCUGGGCAAAGGACAAACGGGUCUGGUUAAGUUGGGCGUGCACUGUGUGCUCGGUCGUAAGGUGGCCAUUAAAAUAAUCAAUCGCGAGAAGCUCAGCGAGUCGGUAUUAAUGAAGGUGGAACGUGAAAUUGCAAUUAUGAAAUUGAUUGAUCAUCCACACGUUUUGGGAUUGAGCGAGGUUUAUGAAAAUAAGAAAUAUUUGUAUUUAAUAUUAGAACAUGUCUCUGGUGGCGAAUUAUUCGAUUAUCUGGUGAAAAAAGGACGACUGACGCCGAAGGAGGCACGUAAAUUUUUCCGUCAAAUAAUCUCAGCGCUGGAUUUUUGUCACUCACAUUCAAUAUGUCAUCGAGAUUUGAAACCCGAAAAUUUGCUAUUGGACGAAAAGAACAACAUCAAAAUUGCCGACUUCGGAAUGGCUUCACUGCAACCGGCUGGUUCAAUGUUGGAAACCUCAUGUGGAUCGCCGCAUUAUGCAUGUCCCGAGGUCAUAAGGGGUGAAAAAUACGAUGGACGUAAAGCGGAUGUUUGGUCCUGUGGCGUUAUCCUGUAUGCGCUAUUGGUGGGCGCAUUGCCCUUCGAUGACGACAACUUACGCCAACUGUUGGAGAAAGUGAAGCGAGGAGUGUUUCACAUACCGCACUUUGUGCCGCCCGACUGUCAGAGUCUGUUGCGCGGCAUGAUUGAGGUGAAUCCGGAUCGACGACUGACGCUGUCCGAAAUAAAUCGCCAUCCAUGGGUUACAGCUGGCGGCAAAGGUGAACUGGAGUUGGAGCUGCCGAUGAUGGAGGUGGUGCAAACGCAUGUAAUUCCCUCUGCCUCAGCGGUGGAUCCGGAUGUUUUAAAUGCGAUUUGUUCGCUAGGGUGCUUCAAGGAAAAGGAGAAACUCAUUCAAGAGCUAUUGAGUGCGAAUCACAACACAGAGAAGGUAAUUUAUUUCCUACUCUUGGAUCGAAAACGAAGGCGGCCUGCCUUGGAGGACGACGACGAAAUCGCUCAAAAAUCACGUAGUGAAUUAGAUGCCGUAGAUCCGCCCAGAAAACGACUCGACACAUGUCGUAUAAAUGGUACGAACUCACCCAGCUAUGGACAAAUAUCGGAGGGUUCGCCGCUGACACCAAGGCGGCAAGCAUUCAACUUCCGGUCCUACAGCAGUUCGCGUAAUCACCAGCGUCGCUCACCCACUUCGGUUUCCUCGGUGCGUUCCUCGUCAUAUCACAGUCCCACACGCUGCAAUUCGCCCAUCAAUUCGGCGCAACAGCAAGUCAACGCUAUCUCACGUCCAUCCUCGCCAGCGGCCACAUCCGCCGGUCACUCGUCCCGUCACACAGCCUAUUCGAGUGAAUGUCGCGAGCGUUCCGGUUCGGUGCAACAUCAUCCGUCUGUAAGUCGCACACCUUCGCACUCCUCGCAAACCGGCGUUGAGGGUAUCAUUGGUGUUGGCAGUGGAAGUGGUGGCGGUGGUGUUGGCAGCGGUGUCGAUAGAGGUGACAGAGGUGACCGAGGUGGUGGUGGUGGUGGUGGUGUCAGUGUCAACAGCAAUGGAGGUGGUUGCAGCAGUGAUGUCGUCGCGGUGCGUGAAGCACGCGAGGCGCGCGAACGUAGAGAUUCACGUAGUGAACGUCAAGCGGCGGUGCAGGCUAGCUGUGGUGGUGUGCCAGGUAGUCCAGGUGGUAGUGGUGUUGGCGGCGGUAGCAGUAGCGGCAGUGGUUCCACAGUGCAUCAUCGUGCCAAUUCUGGGCCAACCAUUGCGAUUAGCAUGUUUCACGAUCCGGAGGCGAAUAGUGUCAUGAAUCCUUCAACGUCGCCGCUCAUGAACAACAGCUCGCCAGUGAUGUCCGGUUCGCCAUGCAAUGCGCCCGGUGGUCAAUUAUGGAAGACACGCCUCACGAAUAUCAAAAACAGUUUUCUGGGUAGUCCACGAUUUCAUCGAAGAAAGUUACAAGUGUCCGCAGAUGAGGUUCAUUUAACGCCUGAAUCAUCGCCAGAAUUGACCAAACGUUCUUGGUUUGGUAAUCUUAUAACAACGGAAAAGGAUGAGACUUUCACGAUUUUGGUGAAAGGCAAGCCAAUAGCGACUGUUAAAGCGCAUCUGAUACACGCUUUUUUGUCGAUGGCUGAGCUUUCGCAUAGCGUCGUUUCACCCACGUCCUUCCGUGUAGAAUAUAAACGUAAUGGUAAUGGGCCUGUCAUGUUUCAAAGGCAUGUCAAGUUUCAGGUGGAUAUAAGCGCAAUUUGUAAACAAGGAGAUAUCUCGGAUAUGCUGUUUGCACUGACAUUCACUUUGUUAUCAGGUAAUAUUCGUCGUUUCCGUCGCAUCUGUGAACACAUACAAUCCCAAGUUUGUUCAAAACGAUUCCCUGGACCGAGUAGUCCACCCACAGUGGCUACAGUUACGCAAGCUGUGUCGGAAAGUUCGUCAUGUGGUUCGGUCUCCAGCGAACGUUUGUCCUAUAAACGUCAACAGAUUGAGAAUGAAAUUGAAAACGACUCGAUAUUUGUUUUCAAAUCGGGCAAUGGUCGACGGGCAUCAACUACAAAUAAUAAUAAUGCACCACCGGCGGAUAUUGCACCCGGUAGUCCAAUAGCAGUGCGCUCUAAGUAAGUGGGACCAAUUGUGAUAUAGUAUGUACUGGCAGCCU